UCGGCAGCGCGCGGAUGUCCGGAACGCUAACGGUACUUCUUUUCGUCGUCUUCACUUGAUUUUACGAUCCACCGUGUUCCAAACUGAACAUGCACGCAGCAAUAAUAACAUUUAAGUCGUGAAAAUAAAACAGAACAAAAAACUGCGAGAAAGAAAACUGGUCGAACACACACGAAGCAGUGAAUUUGUACAGAUCGAAGAAUCCGUGGCUCUGGUACCAGACAUGGUUGCAAGCGAGAAACUGAAGGCAGUGCAGUUUUGGAAUGUCGUCUCCGAACGACUUCAAGAGAUUGUGAACAACAGCGCAGCGGACAUCAAUGCGCUGGCACUUAAAAUGGAAAAGGGUGGCCUAACAUCUCACCUGUCUCUAAACGGCCAACACAAUCGAAGCCCCACAAUGGCAGCUUCGUACAUGGACUCGCAGACAUUCCCCACAAGCGUCUACGGAGACGGCGGGACGGGGAGCUACGCAAGCCACGAAAACGUAGACGGUCAUGACAUCCCGUACAUGGACCUUCCACCUGCACCCGAAGAUAUUUCGUCUCUGCAACCCAUGAGCGAAGCCGGUUACUCGGCUGCUGCUUUGGGCGAACCUAAUUCUGCGGAGGUUCCGAACGGUUCCUCCGCUGGGUCCACGUCUCUCCUUUUGUCCAUUAGGGGCGCUGCGCAGGAAAACUCUUUCCUGCAAGGAGCCGAUAGCCGAAGCUUGCCGUCCAUUCUGAGCGGCAGCGAUCGAAGUAAUCAGGAUUUCCUUCAGUUACCAAAAUCACAGGGAACCUGUCGUGAAAAGCUGACAAAAAAGAAGGACGACGACACAGACUGGGUGCCAAACCCCAAGCCAAGCCCCAAGGGCAAAACAGCGAACAAGAGCAGGUCGGCGUCCAAGGCAACGGCGGCCCUCAAGAGCAGCACCGUAGCUCGGAAGCCCGAAGAGCCGAUCCCAGCAGCAGAAAAUGCCUUGAACGAUGCGGAAAGGGAAUGUGCCGUCGCCAAGACUCCCCAGGGGUUGACAGAUCUCGAAGAAGAUAUGACAGACGACCCGGAGCCACAAAACGAAACCGAGACCGCUGGGCCGACAGAGGUGAUCGUAAUUCAGACACGGAAAGCGCAGAAGAAAUGGAAGGAGUGUGAAGUCUGCCUCAAGAAAGUGCCGACAAAGUCCGCCCUCACUGCACAUAUGUGGACGCAUCGGAAGCCAUUCAACUGCACAGAGUGUGGUGCCUGUUUUUCUUCGAAGAGUAACCUUGUCGUUCACCAAAGGAAGCACUCGGGCGAAAAGCCGUACGCUUGCUCCAUGUGCAAUGCGACAUUCUCGACGCAAGGCAACCUAAAAAGGCACGUCAAGACUCACAGCGGCGAGCGGCCGUGGGAGUGCAGCCAGUGCGACAGUCGCUUUACGGAGAAGAAGACGCUCAUGGUCCACAUGCGGCGGCACACGGGAGAGAAACCCUUCCAGUGCCAUAUUUGUCAGAGGAGCUUUGCGCAGAAAGGAAUCCUCCAGAGCCAUCUGGCGAUGCACUUGGGACAGAAAGCGCACCUGUGCGAACACUGCGGGAAGGCAUUCAGGCAACGCUCCCAACUCAGGCUGCACACGCUGAGGCAUCAGGGCGUGCGAAAGUUCUCCUGCUCCACGUGUCCCGCCAAGUUCCUCACGAAAGGUGAUCUGGAACGUCACAACCGCACUCACACGGGCGAACGGCCGUUUGUCUGCGACAUAUGCGGCAAGACUUUCACGAGGCAGCAGUCACUCACUGAGCACACCAACCGACACUACGGCGUCAAGCCUUACGAGUGCACCCAUUGUGGGAAGACGUACGCAGAAAUGUCUGCGUGCUAUAAGCAUAUCAAGCAUCAUGUGAAGGCAGGUGAAAUAGUAGGAGAUCUACAAAAGGGGAUGAAGGUGAAUGUGCAAGAAAAAAUGGCCAUAUUUGUCAACCCCGGACACCAGGAUACCGUCGUGGAAAAUUCUCUCGAAGGAGCAGAUAUGCAACCGUCCGCGGUGAUUUCGUCCGAAGUCGAAGGGUCAGAAGUAGAACAGCCAGAAGGAGAGCCGCAGGAAAAUUCCCCGUGUGAGCUGUCUGCAGAGGAGGCAGUGGAGUCGACCAGCAUGUCGCAGCUGACGGCCAUGAGUCUUCUCACGACCACCACCGGUUUUUGAAUCUCGGCUGACAUCAGGGCAGGUGUUAAAGGGGGCGAGGCUAGGGCAAAUGGUCGCGUCUAAUAAUUAGAGACUGAAGCUUUCAGGAAAUAUAUUUUUCUAAAUUGGGGGUGUAAAAUUAAUGUACCGUAAUUUCACGCGUACAAGCUGCACCGCAGAUAAGCCGCAGGACACGUUUUUAGGAAAGUUUUGAAAUUUUUCUGGCAGAUAAGCCGCACUCGCAGAUAAGCCGCGGGCAAUACGAGACGACUGAUUUGAACGACAAAGGAGAGCAUAGAGAAGGCCAUAAACCCUGUGGUCCGUAGUGUACAGCAAAGGAGGUCAGCUCUAGAGUUCUACCAAGAUCGGAUUGUGCCCUUGUUGGGCGUUUUUCAUGGAUUGAUGGGUCAGUGGUCUUCCAGAGACACUGUCGGCCCUGCCCUUUCAUUAAAACUGGCGUAUGGGGAAAAUACCGGGAAAAAAUAGUCAUCGGAUAAGCCGCAGAGCACCCGUGAGAAAAAAAAUUGUGCAUAAGCUGCGGCUAAUACGUGUGAAAUUACGGUAAAUCAACAUGUGCUCUAAAUUCAUGCAAAUUCGGGUGAAAAAACUUCCAGUAUGCGAAACUCGGGGAGAAAUCUGGCUCAGUUACUCAGACUAACUGUACUGGUUUGGUACAAACGGUGAUGUGACUCCAUUUGCUGCCAAACGAUUUAGUGUGCGUUCCUACAUACGUCUCAGUGAGGGCAAUUUGCCGGGUAAAAAUCGGGUUGCACCCUAAAGAGGCAACCUUCAAUUCGGGGCGCAAAUUUGGGGAAGAAACGGGUUAAACCGUAAAACUUCAGGCUCUGCGUGAUAAUCCACAUUUACUGUGACGCCUGGGACUGUAGAAGGAGCCAGUAAUCCUGAAUAGUUAAUUUAUUUGUGGGAUUUAGGUGUAAUAUUUAAUAAUGUAACUCUCUUUAACCAUCAAUUAGAAAUGCCUGAGCUUUGGUGAAUGAGGGAAUGGACCAGGGAUUUGUGCAGGA